GAAACCAAAUGGUAGUACAAUCGGCGAAUUCGAAAUUAGCGUUUCAUGACAGAGAGACAGAUAUAUCUGAGCAUGGUAUAAUUGGUAAUUGUAGAACUGCUGCAUUAAUUAGCGUUAAUGGCACCGUUGCGUCAUUAUGUUGGCCAUAUUUCGAUAGUCCGAGUAUAUUUGCUCGUAUAGUUGACGUACAAAAGGGCGGACAUUGGAGUAUGGAACCACAAAUGACAACAGUUAGCAAACAGAUGUACCUCCCUUCGACAAACAUUCUGGGUACGAAGUUCUUAGCGGAUGAUGCCGUCGCAAACGUUGAAGAUUUCAUGCCACUACCGAACCCAGCUGAUCCACACCCGGAACCAUAUUUACCAUGGUUAGUCCGACGUGUGGAAGUUCUUAGAGGUACCAUGCAAUUCUCCUCUGAAUGUGCACCAGCUUUUGAUUACGCCAGAUCAGAACACACAGUUCGCUUAUCGAAUAAUGAUACAGUUGGCCACUUUGACUGUAUGAAUCACAUCCACGUAGAUCUGAAAUACACUGUUAGUAAAGGUACGAACAACACACCAGAACCAACCGUUAAGAUGGUAAUAAGUGAUGUCUCAGAGAGAGGUUUCAAAGGUAGCGCUAUUACAUCUCAAUUUACACUCUCUGAAGGUCAAGUUGUUACUUUCAUACUCUCACAGCGUCCUAUACCAUCUAGCGUCGCUGAAAGGAACAUCAGUAAGGCUGCACCACCUUUAAAGAGAAACGAUAGUAGCCAAUUUCAAACUUUCGAUCCAUAUGAUGAACUCGGACAUUCUACUCUUUGCUCUUCUCAUAGCUUUGCCAAUCCAGAAGUUGAUUUCAAGUUUACUGAAAAAUUGCUUGAAAGUACCCAAGCAUUUUGGUUGAGUUGGGUAAGUAAAAUGAAAUAUAAAGGAAGAUGGAGAGAAAUAGUACUCAGGAAUGCACUCACGUUGAAACUUCUGACAUUCUCACCAACGGGUGCUAUCAUUGCUGCACCAACUUUCAGUCUUCCGGAGGAUCUACAUGGUGCGGGGCGCAAUUGGGAUUACAGAUACGCAUGGCUGCGUGAUUCAUCAUUCACCGUGUAUGCACUGGUAAGGCUCGGUUUCCAAGAGGAAGCAAAUGCCUAUGUUGGUUGGAUAUCAAGUCUCCUUCAAUGUCCUAAUGAUGAUGGUGGACUUCAAAUUGUCUACACUAUUCACGGUGAACGCGAGAUGCCUGAAGUUGAACUUAGUCAUCUUGAAGGACAUAAAGGUCAAAAGCCAGUACGCAUUGGUAAUGGAGCAGCUGAUCAUCUCCAAUUGGAUGUCUACGGUGCUGUCCUGGAUGCUGUAUAUCUUGCUCAAAAGUAUGCUAAGCCCUUAUCAUAUGAUAAUUGGGUUGGUAUACGCAACCUCGUCGAUUAUGUUGUCAGAUCUUGGGAUCAGCCUGACUUAUCAAUAUGGGAAGUACGUUCACAAAAGCAGAACUUUUUGUACUCAAAGAUAAUGUGCUGGGUAGCGAUCGAUCGUGGUUUACGUUUAGCUCAUAAGAGAUGCCUUCCAUGUCCAAACCGCUGUAAAUGGUUUGAAGUACGUGACGCGAUUUAUGAAGAAAUUCAACAGAGAGGCUACAACAAGGAGCUUGGGUUCUUCUCACAGAGCUACGAGAAUAAUGACGUCUUGGAUUCUUCUGUGCUCAUUAUGACGUUGACAUUCUUCAUACAGCCAUGCGAUCCGAGAUUAUUGUCUACACUACAAAAAAUACUAGCAUCACCGGAGAAGGGCGGUUUGACUUCUAAUAAUUUGGUGUCAAGAUACGAUGUCACCAAAGUCAAUGACGGGAUUGGCGGUGAAGAGGGUGCAUUUAGUUUGUGUACAUUAUGGACUUGUGAAGCAUUAUGUCGCGCUGGUGCGUAUGAUAAGAAGCUACUCACGCAAUCGAUGAUCAUGCUCGAGGAUUUCCUUGGUUAUGCAUCCACGUUGGGACUAUUCAGUGAGGAGAUUGGUAAGGGAGGGCAAGCGUUGGGAAAUUAUCCGCAGGGCUUCUCCUCCGUCAGCUGCAUAUCUGCAUGUUUCAACAUCGACAGAGCAUCAGGAUGAAUUCGUGUUAUUUCUAAAUUUUAUUUUUUAUUUAUCAAAAAAUGAAGGAUUUUUAUUGGUGGCUAAGCAAUACAAUAGGGGUCUUCUUUGUGAUGCUCUAACUUUUUGAGGACCGAAACCUUGCAUAAUAAGCAGAACCCUCAAAAUUUAGCAGGGCAUAAAAACUUACAAACCUUAUUAAAAAGGAUUAAAGAAUAAUUUUCAUAAAAAACAUAUCCUAGGGGGGAAGCUUCAAUUAAGACUGUCAAACUGAUUUCUGGGAACCCUCGUUCUACUACUUUCAAGAGUUAGCUUAUAAACUUAUUUUUAUUAUCAAAACACGCAAAAGAAUGGACUCAAAGAUUUCAAGAAAUCAAUCUGAGGGAAGCCAUAAAAGGGAUGGUGUUUUUGGAAGAUUAUCAUCAUUUCCUUUCGAAGAAUCUAGCGGUAUUGAAACGUCGAUGAUUGGAAAGAAACCAAACUUUAUUGCCCCAAAGUUUGAAAGAGAAUAUGAUUAUCAAUCUACCGCAAUAGAAGAAGAAUGGGACGAACUCGCUAGAGCUAAAGCAGAAUUAAAGAAACGUGAAGCUGAAAUAGCAAAAUUAACUGAGACAUUAUCACUUAGUAGUGCGACUGUCUCAUCAAAGAAUAGCGUAUAUAGUGAAAAUAGCGACCAUAGUGGACGAAGCAGACGUAGUUCAAAGAUGACACAACACAGUGCACCAGUUAUCGUACAAGCCGUCCGUAAAGUUGAUACAGGUGGGGGUAUGUGGGGAUUCGAAGCACCUAAUACGCUACCAGUUUUGAUGCCAAAUGGCGAGAUAGUAUACCCACGUAAACCACGUCCAAAGAUGCCACGUAGUGAAAGACUUCGUAGAGAGAAGGAGGCAGCUGAAAAGCAAGAACGUGAGAAGGUACUAGAAGAGCAAUUCAAGAAGAAUACGAAAGCUCGUGAAAUGAAUGAUGCAAAAGCACUCGAAACUCUCGAAAAGAGUAUCCUCACUGAGCGUAAUAGAAGUCAAAGCGUCAGCGGUAUGCCUUUCAAACAACAACAUCAAGCAGCACUUCAUAAAUCCAAAUCAAGCCCUCCUGAUCAAAUCUCAGCUGACCAUGAUAUCGCGGAAUAUCAGUUAGCAAGACAAAAAGCUUUCCCUAUUCCAGAGCCUUCAUUUGAUGAUGGUAUAUCCCUCGCCGAAGAUCACAAAUGCUCACCAUUUGCUGUUUCUAAUCUCAAAAAACUUUUCAAAAAGUAGGACACAGUAGGACAGUGGAACACUUUAUUUACCCCGAAUUUGCACGCAUUAAUGCUUUGUUACCUUCAUUUGUCAUUAUUCCAU